AUGUCGGACGUGGCGUCCUUCGCUACGCUCCUGUACGAGACGAUUGCACAGAACAAGCUCUCUGGCUCGCGCGUUCAUCGUGUGACCGACAGCGCUACAGAUGCCCUGCGCGACCCCAGCGGCCUGGCUGCGACCAUGCUCAAAGCGCACAUGCGCGCUAGCGCAUCGACCAAGCUCGUGUCGCUCUACCUAUUCGAUGCCAUUGCACGACAUGCGCAGGAACUAGCGCGCCGCGGCGGCACGGCCAUGGCGUCGAAAGACGACCCCGCGGCGCUCGCUGCCAACGCCGCGGCCCUGCUGCGCGCGUUGCACGAGCCGGCCGUGCAGGUCGGCAUCGACAGCCUACGCCAUGUGCCGCCUGAACAGCGCGAGAAGGUCCGCAAGGUCGUGGAUAUCUGGAGCCGCGCGGCCACCUUCCCUGCGCCCGUCCUGCAGCGCAUCCUCGACCAUGGCACACGCACCGAGGCACCAGCGCCCACACGGGCGGCGCCCCCACCGGCGGCCCCACGAACGGCGCCCCCCCCAGCGCCAGCGCCUGUGCCCCCGACGCGGACCGCCUCGGCGCCAGCGCCAGCCGCGGCGCCCCAGCUACCCCCGCAUGUACUGGCGCUCCUCGGGCAGGCGCCGCCCGCAAGCGCAGGUGCGCCGGCCCCGCCGGCCCCGGCCCCUGCCUCCUCUGUGCCGAGCCCCCAGCCCGAGCCGGUGCGCUCGCCGAUGGGCGCUGCAGGCCCCGGCGCGCCCCGCGCGGGAUCGCGUGGCCCAGCAGAGCCCGAGGACCUACGUGCCUUUGACCAGUCUACCUUUGACCCGACCAACUCCGCACACUGGGAGCGCCUCGCGCGCCUUUGGAAGAACACGUACCAGUACGAGGCGUCGGGCCCCGAGCUGAUGAUGGCGCUGAGUACGUAUCUAUGA